UAUAACUUAAAUGCAAAAGAACACUAAACACCUUCCGAGUUCAUAGUAAUAAUAGCUCGGUGGCAUUCUUAUGGAUGGCCACACCCUUCCUUUUCUCUCUCACUGAGAUCCCAUGAACUCUACAAUGACGGCAACCACAACUGUCGCAAAGUCGGUCUUACAAAAACCUUUACACCAACUCACUGAAGACGACAUUUCUCAACUCACUCGCGAAGAUUGUCGCCGUUAUCUCAAAGAUAAAGGUUCGACAUCCAAUUUUCAAUUUCAUGUUUUCAGUUAUUCUAGAUUUGAGGAAUUCAAUUCCGUUCUUUGGUUGUUUGAUGAGCAGGUAUGCGAAGACCUUCAUGGAAUAAAUCUCAGGCGAUUCAACAAGUCAUUUCUCUCAAAUCUUUGCUUGAACCAUCUCCUCGGGAAUUCAAAUUCAUCGGAAUUGAGUCCAACGGAGGCUGAUGGAUCAGUAUCAGUAUCAGUAUCCGCCACUGGAGAGGAUGGAACUCCUAAUCAUCUAGCAGCUACCUCCAGUUCGGAACCUGUCACUAUUGGAGAAGGGGAAUGUCCUCCCACUCUUGUUGAAUCGAAACCAUCAUCUUUCAGAAAUCCUUUUGAUCAAAUGACAAUCUUUUACAGUGGCAGAGUCAAUGUUUAUGAUGGAGUUCUGGUUGAUAAGGCACGGGCGAUAAUGCAUCUUGCAGCUAGCCCUAUACAGUUUUCUCAGGAUGAACAAAAUACUGGAAACUCUUCUCGCUGGAGCAGUCCCUGCCAAUUGCCAACAUCAAGUCGUAAAUACAAUGUGUCUACCCAAGAUGGAUCUGCUGCACUGUCCAUGUUGCAAGGGAAGAUGACAGAACCCAUUCAACAUUUUAAAUUAGAUGGGAGCAUUAUUUGUGAACAAGAUGUUGAAGGCCAGACAAACAGACUGGUCUCGUUGCUGAGGUACUUUGAGAAAAGAAAAGAUAGGGGGAAGUUUAAGAUGAAGAGGAAGAUAGGAUCUUCUUCUUCAAGCUUGGAGAUGUACUUGAACCAGCAGAUGAGGUUCCCAGCCAGCAAUUGACAAACUAUUCGAAAUAACACUAGCCCCAUAAGCCAACUUGGGAUUCCCUGCCCUAGCUAUGGCUUAGUGAAUAAAGAGCAGAAGAAUCUUGGUCUAUCAGUUGAUCUUAAUGACAAAGGUCAUAUUUCUGCAUGAGGAGCAAAGUAUAGUAUAUUUUCUAAUUAUAACUGGCAAAAGUGGUCUGUGGGACAUUAAUUAUUAAUGAUUUCUUAUUUAAGACAAAAUGAGAGAAGACCAUUUAUGCUGAUUGGUCAUGUGCAAAGAAGACCGAAAAAUGCUCGAGUUUAGUUAAACAGAUGGAAGGUGAAACAAUAUGGCGCUUAUAAGAGGAAGAGGAAGAAGUUGGCCGAACUAAAAUGACUUAUGUAACAAGAGUGAAGGAGUGAAGAAUGACAUGAAAAAUGACAAAAGGAGCAUAUGAGACUAGGUAGAUAUGAAUGAAGGAGAAUAUAUGUUGUAGAUUAGUAUUAGAUAGAGUCAAAUAUAGUAUGAUAUUUUUUAAAGACGAUCUCUUGCUUUGAUUCAUUUUGUUUCAUGUAGUUGACCCCAUUUGUUGGAAAUUGGGAUUGAGGCUUUGACAUUAUUGUUGAGUGAUUUCUUCUUUUAAAGGUGGUACUCAAGAAUUUCUGUCGAGUCACUAUAACAAGAACAUCAAGUUACUGGAAUUAACAGCUAUAAUUUCAUAGACGAAGUAUUCCUUCUCUUUUAAAGGACAUCACAUUAAAAUUGUCUGCUUUUAUUUGUGGUAAUUAAUUGAGAUGGUUGUAACUUAUAACCAUAUUUGUUCAUAAACUUUUUGGGGUUUUUUCCUCUGCUAUUACAAUGUUGAACAUGACUUUACGCCUUCAUUUUUUAAGACUACUAAUGUUUUAAGUCUAAUUAACAUUUGCAGUUUAGAAGCCCCUGCGUCUGGUUUAGUGUUUGUAAAUUGGAAACGAGUAACCCUCCCCUUUAAGCGUAAGUUCGCUUGAAGACUUUGAACGGCUUUAUUGUGAUACUGAUCAUGACAAAUGAGAUGUCCUGCUAUCUGGCUGCACUCUGGAGUUCCAGCAAGAGGAACUUUUCGUUAGUGGUACAAGUAAUAAUCGUUCUUGUCAUUUUUGUAAACAAAAGUUCAAAAUGAUCCAACUCGACCUUAGUAUUCGAGUUCAAGGUAGUUGGUAUAUCGUGACUAAGCAGCCUCUUGCUGUCUGUUUGCAUUGUGGAGAUAUGAGGUAAUGCUAUCCAUCAUAUGAUCAUGAUGUAAGGACCUGCUAAUCCUUUUAAUGGAAAGCUAUAUAUUUUUUAACGCUGAUGAUGUUGAUGGUGUAUAAUAUUGAUGAUAUUUAAUUGAUGGUGGUUGGUGGAUGAUGUUGAUGGUGUUGUUAAUCUUGAAUCUGGAUGAUGGAGAUUGAUGAGGGAUUUUAGAGGCCAUGGUAAUGAGAAUGAUUUUUAGUUUUAGUUUUUUUAAUAUGUGUUAAGUUAUUCUCAUCCAAUUGGAGAAUUCACCUUUAAAUAUGUGUUUUUUUCAUAAUUUUUUAUUUCCACUCAAUACUCUUAAAUAUCAUGUGAUAACAUAUUUUCUCUACACU